AUGGGAAGCUGGGGUGACCCGUCAGAUCUCGAAGCGCUCACACCCAGUCACUUCUUGACACUUGAACCAUCUACAUCUCUUCCAGACCCACACUUGGAGAAUGUUCCAUUGUCAAAACUCACUCGAUGGCGUCUCAUAACAGAUAUACAUCGUCAUUUUUGGGCAAGAUGGAAAAACGAGUAUCUCUCGACCCUUCAAGUUCGCUCAAAAUGGUGCUCUGAUGGAAAGAGUCUGCGUGUUGGUGAUCUUGUACUCAUUCGAGAGGCCACACAUCCACUUCAUUGGACAAUAGGACGGGUCCGUCAACUGCACCCUGGGGCAGACGGAGUCGCCCUUGUUGCCACUGUUGACACGGCCACCGGGCACAAUGUUCGCCCUGCCUGCCGUCAAAUUGUGCCCAUUCCCAUCCUCUUGAAGAUCCCUUCAACGUGGGCGGUGAUGUUUGCGCGCCACACCGAAAUGUCGUUAUCGCGCCGCCGUCGACAUACGGCGAUAAAAAUCCUAGUGUAA